UAAGAGAAAUUUUGAUGUUUUCUACAAAUAACUCUAAUAAAGAGAAAGAAGAAAAUUUUAUUGACAAUAAUGUUGUAAAUAAUCGAAACGUGGAUUUCUGUUAUCAAGUCGAAUACAUAGUAUUUACUUGGGUUUUAAGUUUAAUUGCUUUAACAACAGCCCUUAAAUUAUUUUACUUAAUAAAAAUAUGCUUGGCAAUAGUAAUGAUUGGAGGUUAUACAUUACUUAUAAUGUACACAUUCAAUGAUAUAUUUGAAGAUGGAUCUAAUACCGAUAAUGAGACAGGUGUGCCAUUACCAGCCGAAAUGCUGAUCUUACUUGCUGUUUUCUUCCUCAUGGUUGCUAAUCAUGCUAGACUAGUAGAAGUUACUUCCCGUCUGGAUUUUUUGUGGAAGCAACAAGCCGAAAAUGAAUUAGCCGACAUGCAAGAAACACGUCAAAACAAUGCCCAAUUAUUAAAAAAUAUCCUACCGGAUCAUGUAGCACACCAUUUUCUUCGAAGCGAAAGAGCAGCAGAUGAACUAUACUCGCAAGAAAGGUCACAAGUAGGUGUUCUGUUUGCAAGCAUUCCUAAUUUUAUAACGUAUUAUUCAGAAGACAUCAACAAAGGAAUGGAGUGCAUACGACUACUAAACGAAAUAAUUGCCGAUUUUGAUGAACUAUUAGAUGAAAACAGAUUCAGUUCUAUAGAAAAAAUCAAAACUAUUGGAUGUAGUGCAUCAUAUAUGGCAGUGUCCGGCCUUAAUCCAGAACAUGAGGAGUGCAUAAAUACGGAAGGACCAGAACAUCUUUGUGCUUUAGUCGACCUUGCAUUUGAAAUGAAGCAAAAACUUGAAGAUGUUAACAAGCAUUCGUUCAACAACUUCGGAUUGCGAACAGGAAUUGCAUGCGGGCCCGUGGUUUGCGGAGUAAUUGGAGCAAGGAAACCUGUGUUUGAUGUAUGGGGAAAUACCGUUAAUGAAGCUUCUAGGAUGGAUUCCACUGGUGAAAUUGGAAAAAUUCAAGUACCGAAAGAAACUGCCCAGCUUCUUUCUCUAAGAGGUUUUGAUUUACAAAGAAGAGGUAUUAUCGAUGUAAAAGGUAAAGGAAAGAUGGAAACAUACUAUGUUCUGGGACGAAAAUUGGGCAAAAAGACAGGUUUCCAAAGACAACCCAGCCAAUACAGCAGCUUGAUCGCUGUGGUGUAUGCCCUGGCUCAAGCAAAAAAAAAGCAAAAUGAAAACAUUCCCGGUAAUUCAGUUAUUGUCAGAUCCAAAUCACAGUACAGACAGGAUUCUUCAACGAAAAAAAGGAAUUUAAAUUAUAGUUCUGUUAGACUUCCAAAUCCUCACGUUAAUUUCCCAGUUAAAAGAACUAAUUUAAAGGGUAAUUUUUUAAGAUCAACAUCAGCAAAUGAACAGAAAUAUUCCGCAAGCAACGAAGACUUUGGACAACUAUCAGCCCGUAGGACUAAGUCGUCUUCUACGCGCACAGUUUUUCAGUCGUUGGUUUCCCGGUCAGCUCCUCACACACCGGUUCUAUGUCAAGAUGGAUGCAUACUAAAGCCGAUACCACGUCUUUUAUCAGAGCCUACUGUUGUUCAAGGCAAAGAAUACAUAAAUGACAUUAAGUGGAAAAGCUUGCAAACUCCACCAAACACAUAAAACGCUAGCUAUAUUAUAUAUGUUAAUUGUUUGCUCUAUAGCAAAUAGAAUUGUAAAACACCAAAAGUCAACAUUAUCAAUGAAACUAAUAAUAGUAAAGUGAAAAUAUUACAUAGUUCUGGUCAAAAAUCCUUUUCAAAAUUUGUAAUUAUGUAAUUGUAAAA